UGGCUCCGGAGCGGCGGCCGGGCCGGCGCCGCCGCCGCCAUUAACCCCUGACAGCCCGGCGGCCCCGGCUCCGCGGGGACCCGCCGUGACCAUGAGCUCGGCCGCCGGCCCCGCCGCCCUGCCGCCCGGCUCCGCCGCCCGCGCCCUGCACGUGGAGCUGCCCUCGCAGCAGCGCCGGCUGCGUCACCUGCGGAACAUCGCUGCCCGCAACAUCAUCAACAGGAACGGCUACCGCCUGCUGGACACCUACUUCACCCUGCACCUCUGUGAUAACACCAAGAUAUACAAAGAAUUUUAUAAGAGUGAAGUGAUCAAGAAUUCUCUGAAUCCAACCUGGAGGAGUCUGGACUUUGGGUUGAUGCCUGAUCGUCUGGAUACCUCUGUGUCUUGUUUUGUCGUGAGGAUCUGGGGUGGCAAGAAGGAGCAUUUCCAGCUUUUGAUUGAAUGGAAGGUCAAUCUCGAUGGCUUAAAGUACUUGGGCCAGCAGAUUCAUGCAAGAAACCCAAACGAGAUUAUUUUUGGUCUCAAUGAUGGUUAUUACGGAGCUUCAUUUGAACAGAAGGAUCACUCAGGUACCCUGAAGAACAGCCUUCUCCAGGUGGAUCAGAACUGUGUCCGUAACUCUUAUGAUGUCUUCUCUUUGCUUAGGCUCCACAGAGCCCAGUGUGCAAUUAAACAGACUCAGGUAACUGUGCAGAGGAUAGGGAGGGAGAUUGAAGAGAAGCUGAGAUGUACAUCCACACGGAACGAGCUGAAGAAGGAGAGUGAAUGUUUACAGCUGAAGAUCCUGGUGCUACGUAAUGAACUGGAGAGGCAGAAGAAGGCCCUUGGUCAAGAAGUAGCCUUGUUGCACAAGCAAAAAAGUCGUUUGAGUGACAGAGAAAAUGCAUUUGGGACUGAAUAUGAGAAACUUGGAGAGCACAACGAAUCCCUGGGAGAAUUAAGGAAGGAAUGCACUGCCAAGAGAGAACAGCUUUUGAAGACAAACGCCCAGCAGACUAUCCGAUGCAAGCAGCUGCUGUCAGAGCUGUCCUACAUCUACCCCAUUGAUCUGAAUGAUCAGAAGGAUUACUUUGUUUGUGGAGUCAAGCUUCCUAAUUCUGAAGACUUUCAAGCGAAGGAUGACGGAAGCAUCGCCGUUGCCCUGGGCUACACUGCUCACCUGGUUUCCAUGAUCUCCUUCUUCCUGCAAGUGCCACUCAGGUAUCCCAUCAUCCACAAGGGCUCCCGCUCCACCAUCAAAGACAACAUCAACGACAAACUCACCGAGAAGGAGCGAGAAUUUCCUUUAUAUCCAAAAGGAGGGGAGAAGCUUCAGUUUGAAUAUGGAGUUUAUCUUCUCAACAAAAAUAUAGCACAGCUUAGGUAUCAGCAUGGGCUGAGUACUCCAGAUCUAAGGCAAACUCUUCCCAACCUGAAAAACUUCAUGGAGAUUGGGCUAAUGGUGAGAUGCGACCGGCACCACACGUCCAGCGCGAUCCCCGUUCCAAAGAGACAGAGCUCCAGCUUCGGCAGGUUGCACGUUGGCUUCUCCAGUGGGCUUCCUUCCCCGGACAAGGGACUCCGGAAACGAGCCAGCACCGGCAACGAGAGACUGCAGUACAAAACUCCUCCUCCCAGCUACAACUCUGCUUUAACACAGCCUGUGGCCGUCCCAGCCCCCGCGGGGGAGCCGGAGAAAACGGCCGGGCCCAUCAGCUCUUCCCUGGACACCUCCCUGGACUCUUCCAAGGGGAACGCCAGGAAAGGCGAGGACUUGUGCGGCAGCUUGAACGGGGAGAGCGGGAGCCUGAAGCCGCGCCGGGGCCGGCAGGAGCCUUCCCCGGGCCCUUGCAGUGCAAUAAACGGGGCGGUGGGGCCGGGCCCCGGGAUCCAGGAGCAGGGCCAGGAGCAGGGCCAGGAGCAGCCCCGCCAGCUGCCCGGGCCCAUGCUGUGCUGCGCCGUGGAGCAGGCUGAGGAGAUCAUGGGCAUGGAGGCCACGGCCCUGGGCUCGGGGGACCAGCUGGAGGACUUCAACUCCAUCCCGGUGGAGCACGCCGUGGCCGUGGAGUGCGACGAGCAGGUGCUGGGGGAGUUCGAGGAGUUCUCCCGCAGGAUCUACGCCCUCAACGAGAACAUGUCCAGCUUCCGCAGGGCCCGCAAGAGCUCGGACAAGUGAGCUGGGACGGGGAGGGGGGGAAUCAGUGCUCUGGGUGGAAAUCAAAUUGCACUUAUUCUUUAUAUUAAUUAUAAAAAUAAAAAAGCUAAAGCUGUUCCUAUGGUGUUAGACAAAUGGACUUGAGCACGGUGACGCAGGAUCAUGGUAACGUGCACAGCCCCAGGUAAAGGUUUAUUCUGCUUCCAGUCCUUUUAUGUCUGGUAUUUAUAAUCUGUUGGAAUUCUUUUUUUUUUUAGGCCUUGGAAUCCAUUUAUAAAGGCUUUCCUGAAAACAGCUUUUAGUGCUGAUCAGGCCCUUCUAUGAAUAUUUGUUGAUUUCUUAAUUAUUCUUUAGAGUUAAAUUUAUUUUAAUCUUUUCAGAAGAGAAAAAAAAAAACAAACACCCUUUAAUUUAAAAGUACAUUUAUGGUAAGACAUCUUUGCCUUCUCCCAUGUACUCCUGUGUAUGCUUGAGCAAUGUAGCCAGUGUUAGAGAAAUACCAUGGAUUAGUUCCAGUUGAACAGCUUUCUCUUGGCUGGGCUCUGGAGCCUGUGAAGUUCUAGUUUGCACUGAUGGGUCUUCAGUUGGCAGUGAGGACAUGCCAGAGAAUGAGCAGCUGUGUGAUACCUGCACCUGGUUAAUCAGAAAUGACAUUUGGGGCUUUGUCCCACUCCUCCUCCAUACUCGCUCUUCCUUCCCAUGGAAACCUUGAGGAGUAAAUCACCUCCAAGGUUCUGUUCAGUGAUCUCAGCCUGACCCUUCCCCACUGGGGCUGGGCACAGGUAGAGACCUGAUGGACCCACUGCCAACACAGAGGGUUCAGCUGCCACCCUCCCAGGGGUCUGCUGGGGACACAGGGGCACUGCAGACGUCUUCCUAAAAUCCCUGGGAGCGCAGUCAGCACUUUGGAAUUAGGCAAAUGUGUGGAAUUGUUCCACCCUCUGCAGGAAGGAGGCAUUUCACAUUAUUCAUCUGAAUUAAUAUCCUUUUUUUUUAAACCAUCUGUACUUGGAAGGAAGAAGCUUCCAGGGCUUUGCUGGAGGUGCAGGUCAGCACUGCCACACGUGUUCAGCUGCACUAAUGGGAAAGCAAUUUGCAGCUGCUCUGCCAUUCCUGGUGUUUGUUUCCAUUUGGAUUUCAUUGCUCUUGCCUUCUAUAUUGUGUACCCGAGGAUCUGGGCUCAGCUGUGAGCUCUGAAAUAUAAAAACAUAUAGCAGAAUAAAAAACACUUCAUCAUGCCUGGCUUUUUGUUCUUCCCUGGUUUUAUGCUUUCUUUUGAACCACAACCUAGUCUUUCCCUGCCUUCACCGUAAGGCCAGCCAAAAUUCCCUUGUUCAACUGUGGAAUUGUAUAAUCUCAGCUCUCUGUUGUCAGAACAAGACGUGUAUGUGAGAACCAAUAUCCAUAAUAGCACUGUCCUAGGAUAUGCAUUUUUUCCAGCUAACAUCUUUAGUGAUUGUAUUAAAUGAUGUUCACAUUUCCUCUGUUAGCUCUGUCUGCAGUUGGGUGGGCGGAUCGGGCCUCUCUACAGCCAUUUGUUGGCCUUGGUCUGUCCCAGGCUGAGGUGCUGGAUGGGAGCACUCGGAGAUCCUGUUUGUAGGCACCCUCGUGUUCCUGUGUGACAGGAGGGCGUGACUUGACUGUGGUAGUGACAUUUCAGAGCAGCCCCCAGGGUCGCUGUGAGGUCGCUGUGUCUCUUGGCGGACGUGGGGCCACACGUGGGAUCGGGUCUGCAGGGCACCAGUGGCACUUGGCAUCAUUUCUCUUUUCACAAGUUGCUCGUUUUCUCAGGUUGCACAAACCAAAUGCAGUCUAGUUUUGCUCCCCAGUGUUGUGUUGCUGUUCCUGUUUGAGCCCUGUAAUUGUUAAUGUGUCAGGCACAAUGGUUGAUUUCUGCAUCUGUCGCACGAAGCUGCUUGGAGAGGCUUUCCGUGGAAGUACCUUUAGGAGGCCUUCAGUUAUCCCUGGGUUUCUUUUCCUCUUGUACCACUUCCCGUGGAGCAGGUGGUGUGAGGAGGGACAGGGUCACAGGGCUGGUUCAACACUGCCCAGCUCCUCUGGGGGGUUGUACAGGCUGCAGCCAUCUCGUAGCUUCUCCUUGUUUGUGUGUUUAUUUUUCUUCCACCCCCUGUAAAUUACUUUGCAAACAGCGCAGUGGGAGAGAAACCAACAGUAGGUUUGGAGGUGAGAUGAUAGAUCACAGCGUGCUUUUCCACUGUCAAAAGCCUUUCAGUUCCUGCACAGCUGUGACACUGUUAAAUGCCUGCAAAUGUCUUCAAGUGGAGAAAGCAUUUCAUUGCAGUCUUUUCCCCUCACUUAGGAAUUCCUGAGAUUUUUGAGAAUAUUAGUUUUGGAAGAUCAGAUCCCACUAUAUUUUUAUAGCAAGCACAACAGCACUGGCUUAUCCUUGCUUGACCAGGUAUUUCAAAUAAGCAAGACCAGAAUAUCCCAGAGUAAAUGGCACGUUAAAACUAUGUUGGUAAUUGCGGGAAAGCUCAUCUGUAUUUAUAAAAUAAACCCGAUUAGUAUCUCUCAA